AUGGAUAUGCCGGUCAAUGUCCCCGUGGACGAUCCAAAUGCUGAUACAGAGUGGAACGACAUCCUUCGAAAACACGGCAUCAUUCCCCCCAAACCCCAGGAUCCCGAACCUCUAAUCCAAGAAGCACUUUUCGAAGCACAACAGCGCGCGCACGAAAAUCGUCUCGAAGAUAAAACCCUCGACGACCUCGCCGCGCUCGAAGACGAAGAAGACGAGUCCUUUCUGCAACAAUACCGUGCAAAGCGCCUCGCUGAAUUGUCGUCACUACAGAAAUCCAGUGUGUACGGGCACGUCUACCCUAUCUCAAAGCCUGAGUAUGCGCGUGAGGUCACGGAGGAGUCUUCCAAGGCGUUCAUCCUUGUUCAUUUGUCGUCAAGUAACGUCGAAUCCAGGGUGUUGGGUGAAGUAUUCAGAGAAGCGGCCAGGAAGUUUGGCGAUGUCAAGUUCUGCGAGAUCAAGGCUGAGCUGUGUAUUGAGGGGUAUCCGGAGAGAAACACGCCGACGAUCCUGGUGUAUCGGGACGGGGAUAUUAUGAGGCAGGUUGUUACGUUGAGAGAGUUGAAUGGGACGAAGACUAGUCUGAAGGAUGUUCAGGGGUUGUUGAUGAAUGUGGGCGCUAUGAAGGAGGGGGACGUUCGGUUAAUUGCCAAAGAAGGAGAUGAGGAUGGAGAUGAAGAUAGUGAAGGGGACGAUGUUAGGCAGAUAGGAAAGAAGGCUGCCGUUGAGGGCGAUGAUGACUGGGAUUAA